CAGCCAAUCAGCGGAUUGUUUUUCUUUGGCGUCGCUUCACGGAUAGCAAGCUAACGGAUAAACCGAUAUACAAAUUUACCCAGAGAACGCGCUUAUUGUUUGAAGGCUGCUUUACGUUUGUGGGUUUGAAUGAUUAGAUCAAGUAUUUGUUCCGGGUAAUUUAGUAGUGGAAAUGCGGUGCUGUCGUUCGGUAAGGAAGCAUAACUGGCUAACAUAAGCUAACUAAGUUAGCUUUAGCUUUGCAUAUUAACGUUCCGCGCGAGGCCGCGGAGAGUUACGAGAGUUGUUCCUGAUCUGUUGUUGCCUAGAAUGUAGUUUAAACGCUCCCGCAUACCUUCUAACGUUGCGCUUAUUGCAGAAGCUGCGGCAUAAAUUGUGCAAACAACUGCAGUCAGUUUGAAGAGCCCGUGGGCCUCUUAGCCACUUAGCUCUUUCGCUAUCUUGCUAACAUGAGUGAAGUGACGGACUGCAAACAGCCCGAGGAUCGGAGACCGAGGAAGCGGACCUCAUCAACAGGCAAGGAUGAAGAUAGUGCGAUUCCUCAAAAGUCUGUUAAAGUAAGUGAUGACAUAAAUGAAACUGGACAAACAUUAAAAAGUUGCAAAAACAGUGAAGUUGAACGUCUAGAAGAGGCCCAGAGAGAGUCAACAGACAGUACUUCUGAAGGAACUGCUUUGCAGCCCGAUCCAGCUCCAGACCGUACAGAUGUCAACAGCUCCAGCCCUGAAAAACCGCAGUCCUCAGAGCCCUCUGCAGCCACUGAUCCUAAGGGAGAACCACAGAAAGCGACUGAAGCACAGAAGCAUCCCUCAACUCCUGUAGAGCAGUCUGACUCUGCAGCCAUAGCAGCAGCUGAAGCACUGGCCAGCCUCACUGGAGGAGAUGGAGAAGAGAGUCAAGACGCUCCAUGUUCAUCUGCUAAAAUCAAACAAGUGAAGCAUGGUAGUAAAAACAAACAGCGAACAGGUCAGCAGCCUUCAAAGGUGGCCUCAAAAACACAGGCAGCAGCAGACAGCUCCACAUCAGCACGCAGUACCGAGAAAAACGAUGCUCCUGAAGCGGAUGAAGGGGAUGAGUCCAUAUCAGGAUCAUCUUCCACACCAAGCUCCUCUUUCCCAUCCGACAACGAUGACAAUGAUGAUGGGGAGUGUGCAAUUGUGUCGGUCAAAAUGGCCCCUGAGAUGAGACAGUCUGUUGCUCUGCUGGCACAAGUGCAGAUGAGACUUGAAGCCCUAGAAAAGAAAAGCGCCAGGCUCCAUCAACGGUUGGAGCUGAAGAUUAAUCGCCAGAGACGCCCGCAUCUUGAUCAGAGAAGCUCCAUCACAAAAGCCAUCCCUGGGUUUUGGGUGACAGCUCUUUUGAACCAUCCCCAUCUCUCGGCUCAUAUAGAUGAGACUGAUGAAGAUGCUCUUAGCUACAUGACCGAUCUUGAGGUUGAAUCUUUCAAAAAUACCAAACUUGGCUACAGGAUUCGCUUCCACUUUCGAAGGAACCCAUAUUUCCAGAAUAACAUCAUUAUGAAGGAAUUGCACCUUGGCAUGGGAGGAUCGCCCAUGUCAUUCUCCAACCCCAUUCUUUGGCAUCGUGGACACAACCUGACUGCCAACAGCGAGCCCAGGAAGUCGUGUCGUGGUGUUUACGAGACGUUUUUCAGCUGGUUCAGUGACCACAGCAACCCAGCACAGGAUGAUGUAGCACAGAUACUUAAGGACGACCUCUACAGAGAUCCACUGAGAUACUACCUCACUCCUCUCUGGGAACCGAGGGAGAACGGCAGUAAUGCGAAUGAGGCCAGAGCAGCUGGAAACGGGAAUGGAGAUGAUUGUGUUGUUAUUUCUGACUCUGAUGAUGAGCCGGGUGAAGAUGGUGGUGACACUGAACAAGGCCACAGCAGGGAGGAGGAGGAAGAUGAAGAAGAAGGUGCAGGAGAAGAAGAAGAGGAGGAGGAGGAAGACGAUGAUGGCGGCAGGCAAAGGAGUCCAGAAUUGGAUGAGGAAGGAAUUGGAGAGCCCAGGAAGGGACCCCUAAAGACUGGACGUGGGAAUUGAAAGAAGUCUGCUCAUUUCACCCCUAAAUAAAUCCAGUUUCAAGGUGAAGACGAUGUCCUGAAACAUGAGCUUGCAGUUUGGCUGUGGCAGGAUUAUAUGGUGCAGUAUUUCAACCUAGAGCUGAUGAAGCUGCUUGUUGCACAAAUGCUGUGUCAUUUGCUGAGAGUGGGAGAUCUCUUGACACUUCUGUUGAUGAGAUUUCUCACUUUUCUGGGGCUGCAAUCUUGAUUUCUAACCUGCGUUACCCAGAAACAUCCUGCAAAUUCCUGCCAUUGGUGAUGUAAUGUUACAUGAUGGAUUCUUGAAACUCAGGAGCAACCUGAAAGUGGACUUUGAUAAUGAUGUUCCCCAAGCCGAGAGGAAAACAAUCACGUUUUGGAAAGCGAGACCUUUCAUUACUCACAUAGUCAUUGACUGCCAUCUUCAAACUCCACCAGAAUGUGUGUCGAUAGAUGAGCAGACAAUCCUGUUUACUGUAGCCUGCCAGUUACGGCAGUAUCUGCCAUUAAAGCCCAAUACAAUCGGCAUAAAGAACUUUGUUUUGGCAUCGAUGCAUGGAAUUCUGCUGCACUUUAAAGUCUAUCAAGGUGCAAAGAUGCUAACCUCUCAAGUUUUGGACUCUGAGGGACUGACCUUAUGAGCCGUGGUUCUUAAACGUCUGUAUAAAACUGUACCUGCUGGUACUUGAGUGCUUUAAGAGCAGUUCUUCAUAAGCAUACCAGCUAUCUAUCGUACGCUAAAGAAGAAGGUGAACCUGACUGAUCCAGGUAUGAAGAAGUGUGUCUCUGAGGCAACCAAGAAGCUGUCAAGUUUCCAAAGUGGACGUGCUUCAGCAACAGUUGCAAAGGCAGAUGGGGGAACUUUGUGUCAUCUGGUAUGAUAAUAAGCUGAUUGUUAUCCUCCCUGUUGCUCAAGCUGAACAGCAUAAAGACACCUGCCAGCAAUGGUCAAAAAAAUAAUAAAGAAAUGAGAGCUUUGGAAGGUCAGGUGGAAUGCAGGAGUACAGCCCUUGGAUGAGUGGGGUUGACGUUUCAGACAGAAUGAUAUGCUACUGCCGAACCAGUGUGCGAACUAAGAAGUGGACAAUUCACUUCCUGAAGUACUUCACUGAUCUUGCUUUUGCCAAGACAACCAGGAAAACGGUUUCCCCAGAAAGGCUAUCAAUACAUUUCUUGAGUUUCGCAUGGUAGUGGCUCAGGUAUUCCUCAACAAACCGAACGUUCUGAACAAAGAUACACACAGCCUCCGCAGGCGAUGAAAGGGUCACAGGUCACCUCCAUCCCACAUCUCUCUGUCUGGACAUGUUCUCCUGCUCAUCUCCCAGAGAUGGCCAACCUGAAGAACUCAAUGUGUUGCAGAGGGCAGGACUGCACGGGGAAGUCCUGUGUGCAGUCCACUAAAUGCAAAGUGUUUCUCUGCUUGCAGAGUGAACGCAACCGCUUUGCAGCAUUUCCCAAAGGCCAGUAUAAUUGUUUACUAAGGUCAGACAUUUUUCUGUUUCUUUUCUUGAACUAAGACGUUUGAAAAUCCUUGUUUACAGCCUAAGGGAGACGGCUAUCUGCACUUAAACACUUUCUCAGAGGUCAGUAGGGUAUUCCAGAUUAUGUCCUGAUGUUGGCAGUCUGAAAUAAAUGUUUUUUUCAAAUCAACAUCUCUUUAUUGUUUCUUUCAAAUUUCCUCAUACAAGGACAUUAGAAAUGUAUUGUAUCACGACGGGGUCCAGUCAUUAAACUGGAUAGGUACUAUUAAUCCAAUGUACCUUAGAGAAAGGCUAAAUACACACCAAAUUUGGGUUUCGGGAGGGUAACAAUAUAUUAAUACAUAAAAGCCAUUUGCAUCAUGUUUUUAGUGUGCAAAUAUGUCUCAACGAAAGCAUUUGUGAUGCUAAAACACUUCACACUACAGUUUGCAUUCUCUUUUUCAUCUGAUGGAAUUGAUUAAAUAAUGUUAGUCCAAUGCUACAGCUGAUGGGCCAUAUUGACCAAACUAUUUUACAGCCAAUCUUUUUAUUAAUGUUAGCUUUUUGUGUUCCUCUCUUAAAAUAUUGUGAUUGUUCCUUUGGAGGAUUUUGUCGUUUAACUGAGGACAUUUUGUGGGACGAUAACUACUGAUUUAUUGCAGAAAAGGCAUCAUAGCUCCACUUAACAAUUCCUACAGGGGAAAACAUCGAAAAUGGAUGAGAAUGUAGCGUCAUUUACAAACCAUCUGUAUGCACAAAAUAAAAACAAUCCUGCAGCACAAGAUGAUUCAAUUGUAAAAAUGUAGCGGCUGAAGGUGGCUAAGUGACAGGGAGCUGAAUUAUGACCAUAAAAAAAAGAGAUUAGAAAAGUAUUAAAGUAUAACUUAGCCUAUGUGAAAACAUUAUCCCGCCCCAGACAAUUUAAAACUAAAAUAGAUCAGUGCCGAGAUGUCCUGAGGGAAGGUCUAAAUGUGAGAAACAGGAAAAUUUAAAGUUAUACCAGUUGAAGUUGCCUUCCUCAUUUUUUUUCCUAAUGUGCAUUCUGUGACUAUGAGGAUACAUUUGUUUUAGUUUCAUUAUUCCUGUAUAAACCAUAAACGCUUCAAUUAAUGAACAACAUUGGCUUUGAUUCCCGUUGAAUUAAAAGCAUUAAUUUAAGUGUAUUCAGGUGAGUUUUAAUGCCUUGUAGUCUGUUAUAGUCGAUUGGAAAAGUUUGUGUCAGCCCUCUAAUUUCACACAUCAUUACUUUUAUAUAUCCUGAGUUGUGCUUAAAACAUUGCACAAGGUUUUUUUUGUGCAAAUGCAAAUUUUAAGUGUGGAGUAACUGGUUAGAGGUCACAUGACGAUGAAUGAAGCUUAAUAGAGGGAAGGUCUGGACCAAUCCUUUGAAGGUUGAAAAGACUUGAUAAGUGGGUGGACUUUAGCAUACAGACAGAGCUACUGUUAAAUGCAACAAUAUUCAUGAUUUAAGGUAUUGUGGAGAAUUUUUCUUGAAUUUUUGAAAAGACCUACCACCUCCACUAAAAAAAAAGGAACAUGCACAACCCUGUACCUGCUUCCGAGAGAGACCGCCUAUUAGACACGUGCGAGAGCAUGCACGAGAGCCCAUUUCUCCUCGUGCACGGUCUGUUUAAAAGUUGCUGUUUGCUACGCUAAUGCAAACUUACUCUCCAAAACAAGAUUUGAAAUUUUUCCACUAUGUCAGACUCAACACCAGUAAGUGAAAAUGGGAAUGAACACAUAGGACGACCUUAUGUAAACAUAUCACUAGAAUGAUUGACAAUUAGGAGGACCACUUAUUUUGAUUUCUUUUUCCAAAAAGAAAAUCCUCCACUAUACCUUUAAGAUUUUAAUUCAAACAAAAGAAAACUCUUGAACAAAAGCUAAAUCCAAAUAUUUCCCAUCUGUGGUAAGUCUUUAAUAUUAGAUUUGCAGAUGCUCUCCAGCUAAAUGUUUUUUAAAAUGUUUGAAGCUACUUUUAACUCAAAGCUUUCACUGCAACAAUACGGGUUAUAUAAAGGUUUAGCCCUGGGUGUUAAAUUGUGUAUCAAUUUUGAAUGAUAAUUUAGCACCACUUUGUUUGACAUGUCACCUAAAAUGACGCUGAAAUGUUUUUAAUCGGGUGUUUGUAAUGUGACAAAAUGUGAAAAGGUUCUUCUAAUGUACUGAAUGGACAACACAAUGUG